AUGGUGGAUGGCCAUGGGCUACGACCCCUGAAUCCUCCUGGUGCGGUCGCUGUCGCCCAUGCUGAGAGGAGCGUGGCGUGUAUACUUGCUAUAUAUUUUGAUGACAAGGCUGCCAAGGUUAGCUAGCUAGGCAUCAUAUACUGCAGCGAUUGCCCGACCGAGGAGGAUCAGCAGCUUGGUCCCCUCUCUGGUUGGCGCGCCGAGAGGUAUGGCGGCGGAGCAGGUGCAGGCGAGCGGCGGCGCCCAGGCGGCGACGACCCAGCUGGGCGACUUGCCGGAGGCGUGCCUGGCGCAGGCGAUCGCGCUCACGUCCCCGCGCGACGCCUGCCGCUGCGCCGCCGUGUCCCCGGCAUUCCGCGCGGCCGCCGACUCCGACCACGUCUGGCGCGCCUUCCUCCCGCCCCAGCUCGACCGCAAGCCGACGGUGGUGCUCCAGCCGGCUCCCCCGGCCGCCAGGAGCAAGAGCAAGAGCAAGAAGGAGGCCUACCUCGGCCUCUGCGACGCCGCCGGCGCGGCCGCCCUCGAAGGCGAGGACGGCGGGUGCCGGGUGUGGCUGGAGCGGGCCACCGGCGCCAGAUGCUACGCGCUGUCGGCGCGGAGGCUCAGCCUGCCAUGGGACGACGGCGAGUUCUGCUGGAAAUUCGCGCCGCACCCGCGCUCCAGGUUCGCGGAGGUGGCGGAGCUGGUGGACUGCACGUGCCUCGACAUCUACGGGGCGCUCCCGGCGGCCGCGCUCACGCCGGCGGCGCCCUACGCGGCGUACUUCGUCUACGGCACGGCGGACGGGGGCCACCGCGGCCUGAGCUACCCGGACCAGGAGACGGCGGUGGCGGUGGGCGGGCGCGUCGUCGCGCGCCACGCCGUGUGCCUGCGCCCCGACGACGCCGAGGCGCGCGAGUUCAGGGGCGGCGGCGAGGACGAGCCGAGGCGGCCGAGGCUGCGGGAGGACGGGUGGUGGGAGGUGGAGAUGGGGCGGCUGGGCGAGGUGAUGACGAGCGCGGCCGGCGGCGAGGAGGUGGUGGCGAGCUUCGAGGUGCUCGGGUGGUACCCCAAGCGCGGGCUCAUCGUCGAGGGCAUCGAGUUCAGGCCCGUCGUCCAUGGUUAGUUCUCCCUGAUGAUGGCAAUGCAAAUGUGCACGUGUCUCGGUUCAUCUUCUCGAUGAGCAAGCUGCCUGGAUGAACGAUGAAUGAAUGGAUUUGAACUUUGUAAAUGCAACAACGAUUGCUGUGUACAA